UCCACGCCUCUUUCCAUACUUCUUUCAAACUCACCACCAGAAUCUGCCAUAGAAAUUAUUGUAUUCUCAAUCUCAACUGUUACAUUCAAGAACCCCUCAAUUGCUGCACUUCUACUUGGAAUAGCCCUACCAAAAUCAAGCCCAGUUUACCAUGGCACGUCCCAAACCUGCACUAGUUCUGAGCUCCCUCUUUUUGCUACUCAUUUUCUUCCAAACUAUCAAUCCAAAUGUGAGUGCCCAAAAUGAUCACAGCAGCCUUCAGCACAUGUCUGCAACUGAAACUAUUGGCUGGCCUUUGAACAACAGCACAUUCUUCGACCCCGGCGAAGAUGGUCUUGAAGAUGAAGAUGAAGAAGAAGAAGAAGAAGAUGGUGGCGGUGAGGUUGGUGAUCAUGGGAGGACACUACUCUACUACUACUACAGAUCAAGCAGGCCAAGGCGUUAUUACAUUUCUUAUGGGGCAUUAGCUGCCAACAGAAUCCCCUGCCCGCCUCGCUCUGGAAGGUCUUACUAUACCCACCACUGUUACAGAACACGUCGCCCAGUCAACCCCUAUUCCAGAGGAUGUUCCGCUAUCACCCGUUGCAGGAGAUGAAUUUACUGAAAUUCACUCAGAUUCAGCAUCGCUUUUUUUUUUUU